AUGCAGUUCACUAAGACUUUCGUCGUCAUGGCCAUGGCCGCCCUCGGAAUGGCUGCCUCUGCGGUCGAGAUCGUCAAGAAUGACGAGUCUUGCACUUGCAAGCCCGUUACCGCCACGGUUACUGGCCCUGCUCCUGGCAGCGUGACUGAGGUUCCCGGUUAUGGCACUGCCACGAUCUCUACCAUCUAUGUCACUGUCACCAACACUGAGUCGUCCUAUGUGACCGAGACUGGAGUUUCUACUCCUGUCAUCGGCUCUUCCACCGAGACUAUCUCUGUCCCUGGUCAGAGUGGCACCGAGUCUAUCACUGAGUCUAUCAUUGAGUCUACCACCGAGUCUACCACUGGCCCCAUUUCAGCUACCACCGAGGCUAGCACCACCGAGACUGUCACUACCGAAAGCCGCAUCACCGGUAGCAGCAUCACUGGUAGCUCCACUGAGACUCACCAUUCCGUCACCGCUAGUGCUUCUCACACCAGCAGUUACCCGACCCCUUACCCGACUACUCCCAGUGCCGCUGGUGUUGUCAUGGUCAAGGAUGGUGUUGUUGUUGCCGCGGCAAUGCUCGCUGGUUUGGUCCACUUCAUCUGA